AUGAAGACCUUGGCCUAUCAAUUGGUUGAAUGCCUCUCGAAAGAGGUUCAACCAUUCCAAGACAGACUAUCCUCAUAUGAUUCUCCAACUGUACUUUUUGAUGCUGCAAAAUUUGGGAAUGCUGAAUUCCUAAAUAUAUUUAUUAGCUCUUAUCCUGAUAUCAUAUGGAUAGCAGACAAUCAAAAUCGAAGUUUAUUUCACAUUGCUGUUUUAAAUCGGCAAGAGAGUGUAUUCAAUCUAAUAUAUGAGAUUGCCGCAGUCAAGGAAAUAAUUUUGACCUAUGUUGAUGACAAAAACGAAAAUAUCCUACACUUAGCCAGAUAUUUGGCACCUUCAAGUCGACUUAAUAUUGUAUCAGGGGCAGCUCUUCAAAUGCAACGGGAGUUGUUGUGGUUUAAGGAGGAAGAAAAGAUUGUGCCAUCUUCAUACCUGAACAUGAAGAGUUCUGGGCUAACACCAGGGGAUUUAUUUCCAAUGAAACAUAAAAAUCUACGGAGAGAAGGUGAAAAGCGGAUGAAGGAUACAGCAAACAAUUGUAUGAUCGUGGCAACAUUGAUUACGACUGUGGUUUUCGCUGCAGCUUUCACUGUACCGGGUGGUAGCAGUCAAGACACAGGCACCCCUAUUCUCUUGAAGAGUUCUGGGCUAACACCAGGGGAUUUAUUUACAAUGAAACAUAAAAAUCUACGACGAGAAGGUGAAAAGCGGAUGAAGGAUACAGCAAACAAUUGUAUGAUCGUGGCAACAUUGAUUACGACUCUGGUUUUCGCUGCAGCUUUCACUGUACCGGGUGGUAGCAGUCAAGACACAGGCACCCCUAUUCUCUUGAAAAGUAUUUGGUUUAGGGUAUUUUUCAUAUCAGAUGCAAUAGCACUAUUCUCUUCUUCUUCUUCAAUAUUAAUUUUCUUGUCAAUUCUCACAUCACGUUUCACAGAAAUGGAUUUCCUAUUAUCAUUACCAUCAAAGUUGGUGUUGGGACUCACCACACUCUUCAUAUCUAUAGCAGGCAUGGUGGUAGCCUUCAGUGCCACCUGCUUUUUAGUCUUUAAAAGUGAAAUGACAUCGCUUCCAAUUGUUAUAAUUGCUUUAGCUGGUGUACCAAUUAUUUUGUUUGUUUUGCUACAUUAUCAACUUUGGGUUGAUAUCAUCCGCUCAACAUUCUUGUCUAGGUUUCUUUUUUCACCCCCGUAAAAAUAGGUUUCUUUGUCUAUGUAUCCGCUUUUAAUGUUUC